AGAAACCAAUCCUCUCACUACACUACACAACCACGGUCUAAGUAAUUUGUCGGGAUGCGUGCAAAAUCAAACUGCUCUCCUCUCUCCUCUGUCACCUUUUCUUUUCUUUACCUCCCUCACUGUUUCAAGCUCGGACUUAGAUCACUCACUGUCACACGCGCAUUCUCUCUCUACUCUAAAAUGCUUUUGUGCUCAUGGUUUGGGUUGCAUUCUUCAUUUCUUUAAUUUUCCAUAGAAGCAGCAGCAGCAGCAGCUCUCUAAUGUCACACCCACUGGCUCUCUUUCUUGGGAGAGCCCUUGCUUCUAGAUUUCUCUCUUGCACUAAAGCUUGUUUGUGAAAUUUCUUGUGAUACUGAACUGGGUUUCUGUUUUCUUUUAGAUUUUAGAUCAAGAGAGAUAGGGAUAACCUAAAGCUUGUUUUUCUCUCUCUCUCUUUUAAGGCUCCUGGUUUUGGUUUUAGCUCAAAAGCAGCAGUUGGGUUUUUCUUGAAAGAUUCUUGAAACUGAUAGCGUAGAGGUUUCUCUCAAAAUUACACACACAGCUUCUGUCUUGUUAUAGCAUUUCAUAUUUAUAUUAGUUUUAACCUCUGCAAAAGAAGAUAAAAAAACCACCCCUUCUGGCCUUUACUUGCCUAUCUACAAACCCUUUUUUUCUUUUUAAAGCUCGAAUUAUACUCGUCUUUUCCUUUCUUAUCUCUUGUAUCUUGCGAAGAGUAAGAGACGGACAUUACGAGGACUAAAGAAUCUUAACUGAUAAGCUCCUCAGGAAAGAAAGCGGACACCUUUAUUUAUAUCUGUGUUUGAUUAUUUAAUUGGUGGUGGAAAUGGCGAUGGCGGUGGCCCCUCAGCACAGAGAGAGCAGUAGUAGUGGGAGCUUAAACAAGCACCUUACUGAUAAUGGAAAGUAUGUGCGGUACACAUCAGAGCAAGUGGAGGCUCUUGAAAGAGUUUACGCCGAGUGCCCUAAACCAAGCUCUUUGCGCAGGCAACAGUUGAUCAGAGAGUGUCCCAUUUUGGCUAAUAUCGAGCCCAAGCAGAUCAAAGUCUGGUUUCAAAAUCGCAGGUGUCGAGAGAAGCAGAGAAAAGAGUCCUCCAGACUCCAGACUGUUAACAGGAAAUUGACUGCAAUGAAUAAGCUGUUGAUGGAAGAGAACGAUCGCCUGCAAAAACAGGUGUCACAGCUGGUGUGUGAAAAUGGUUUCAUGCAGCAACAACUACAAACCGCACCUGCAGCGGCUGAUGCGAGCUGUGACUCUGCGGUUACCACUCCACAGCAUUCACUCAGAGAUGCCAAUAACCCUGCUGGACUCCUCUCAUUGGCAGAGGAGACCUUGGCAGAGUUCCUUUCAAAGGCUACAGGAACUGCUGUCGAUUGGGUCCAGAUGCCUGGGAUGAAGCCUGGUCCGGAUUCGGUUGGGAUCUUUGCCAUUUCACAAAGGUGCAGUGGAGUGGCAGCUAGAGCCUGCGGUCUUGUAAGUUUAGAACCUACAAAGCUUGCAGAGAUCCUUAAAGAUCGUCAAUCUUGGUUCCGGGAUUGUCGGAACCUUGAAGUUUUCACUGUGUUUCCUGCUGGAAACGGUGGAACAAUUGAACUAUUAUACAGUCAGAUAUAUGCUCCGACCACGCUAGCUCCUGCGCGGGAUUUCUGGACUCUGAGAUACACUAUAAGUUUAGAGAAUGGCAGUCUUGUGGUGUGUGAGAGAUCUCUUUCUGGUUCUGGUGCUGGACCAAAUGCAGCUGCAGCUGCUCAGUUUGUGAGGGCUGAAAUGCUUCCUAGUGGCUAUUUGAUAAGGCCAUGUGAAGGAGGAGGGUCAAUUAUCCACAUCGUGGAUCAUCUGAAUCUUCAGGCAUGGAGUGUGCCUGAGGUGCUGCGGCCACUUUAUGAAUCAUCAAAAGCAGUGGCACAGAAAGUGACAAUCAUGGCGCUGCGCCAUGUCAGGCAAAUAGCUCAUGAAACUAGUGGCGAGGUGGUGUAUGGUUUAGGCAGGCAGCCAGCUGUGUUGAGAACCUUUAGCCAAAGAUUAAGCAGAGGCUUCAAUGAUGCAAUCAAUGGGUUUAAUGAUGAUGGCUGGUCACUGAUGAAUUCUGAUGGAGCUGAGGAUGUAAUAAUUGCUGUUAACACAACCAAGAAUUUGAUCAGUGCUAAUAAUCCUGCUCAUUCCCUUUCAUUCUUAGGAGGGAUUCUUUGUGCAAAGGCUUCCAUGCUACUGCAAAAUGUGCCUCCAGCUGUGCUGGUCCGCUUCCUAAGGGAGCAUCGCUCUGAGUGGGCUGAUUUCAGUGUUGAUGCCUAUUCUGCUGCAUCAUUGAAAGCUGGUUCAUAUGCAUAUCCAGGGAUGAGAUCCAUGAGGUUUACCGGGAGCCAAAUCAUCAUGCCAUUGGGCCACACAAUUGAACAAGAAGAGUUGCUUGAAGUUAUUCGACUUGAAGGCCAUUCUUUUGCACAAGAAGAUGCUUUUGUUUCACGGGACAUUCAUCUCCUACAGAUAUGUAGUGGAAUUGAUGAGAAUGCUGUUGGAGCCUGUUCUGAACUAGUUUUUGCUCCAAUUGAUGAAAUGUUUCCGGAUGAUGCUCCACUGCUACCCUCUGGUUUCCGCGUCAUUCCACUGGAAUCAAAAACAAAGGAUGCGCAGGAGGCAUUGACCACAAAUCGCACUCUGGAUCUAACAUCAAGUCUUGAAGUGGGCCCGGUAACAAACCAUGCUUCAGUGGAUGGUUCAUCAUGUCAUUUGCGAUCAGUGUUGACUAUUGCUUUCCAGUUCCCAUUUGAGAGCAAUCUACAGGAUAAUGUUGCCACCAUGGCCCGUCAGUAUGUCCGCAGUGUGAUUUCAUCUGUCCAGAGGGUUGCCACGGCCAUAUCUCCAUCAGGAUUGAAUCCAGCUUUGGGACCAAAGCUAUCUGCAGGCUCCCCUGAAGCUCUAACACUGGCUCACUGGAUCUGCCAAAGUUAUUGUUACCAUUUAGGAGCAGAAUUACUGAGAUCUGAUUCUGUGGGUGGAGAUUCUGUCCUGAAACAUCUAUGGCAUCAUCCGGAUGCAAUUUUAUGCUGUUCAUUGGAGGCACUACCAGUGUUCAUCUUUGCUAACCAGGCAGGACUUGACAUGCUGGAGACAACUCUAGUGGCUCUCCAAGACAUCACACUGGAUAAGAUAUUUGAUGAAUCUGGACGCAAGGCAUUGUUUACAGACUUCGCAAAGUUAAUGCAACAGGGAUUUGCAUGCUUGCCUGCUGGAAUCUGCAUGUCAACAAUGGGGCGUAAUGUAUCAUAUGAACAAGCUAUUUCAUGGAAAGUGCUUGCUGCUGAAGAGAACACUGUCCACUGCAUUGCCUUCUCUUUUGUAAACUGGUCUUUUUUGUGAAGACCACAGUUCAUUCACCCAACACUCUCUGCCCAUCUUCCCUCCCAGUUGAAUAUGAAGACAACAAAGGCAUGGUGGAGAUUUUUGAAAAUGAAAAGAUAAGUUUUGUAAUAUUUAUACCAAGCUGCAGGUUUGCAUCAUAUUAAUUUAAUUAUUUUUCUUUUAGUACACCCAGUUUUUCGCCGUGUCCAUGUAAAUAUACUUUUCCUCUCCAAUAUCAGCGGAGCUCUUCUUGCACUUCACUGUA